AUGGCUGCAUCUACUGCUCACGCCGCACCCAAGUCCUCCAAGAAGAAGGCUGCCAAGGUCGCCCACCGCAACCAUUCUCCUGCCCCCAGCACUGCCUCGGGCGUUGCCGAUGCGGCCGUCGAUUCCCAGGAAGACGGCUUCGAGUCUCCGUACAUCAAGGAGCUGCAAAAGAAUAUCCGAAAUGUCAACAAGAAGAUCACCAAUGUCUCCAAGACCGACUCGCUCCUGAGCCAGCACGCUGGCAAGUCCCUCGACGAGCUGGUCGCUGAGAAAAUCAUCAACGCCGAUCAGAAAGCCCAGGUCAUGAAGAAGCCAGCUCUGCAAGCCCAGCUCACGCAGAUGGAAGAGCAGCUCGUUCAGUACCAAAAGGUCCACGAGCAGUAUCGCUCCCGAGCCAAGUCGGACAAGGCCGAGUGGGAGAAGUCGCUUGACAAGGCCAAGGCCGACGCUGUCGGCGACGCCAAGCAAGAGUUCAAGAAGUCACAGCAGGAACACCUUCUCGUCCUCUCCCAGUUCCUCCGACUUGCUGCCUAUCGUCGCGAGGAAGCCAAGGACCCCGAGUCCGACGAAAGCCAGGCCAUCGAGGGCGUUUUGCUCGCAAUCUAUGCCGGGGACGAAACUGCCGUCGCGUCCAUGCUCAAGUUGAUCGAGGGAUCCGAGGAGCAGAUUCUUAGCGUGCCGGGAGAUCAGCUGCAGACCACCUACUCGAAUGUCAAGACGCUCGCCCGAGAAUACAAGACUCCUUUCUACCCCGAGACCGCCCCGCCUGCCGAGUCGGAGCCCGCAAAGGAGCUAGCAUCUGACCCCACGAUGGUCAACGCUGCCGCCACGGAGCUUGACGCAGGAGACAGUGCUCUUGUCAACGGACAGGCUGCAGAGCCCUCGGCCAACGGCAUCACAAAUGCCAGUGUCUCUGACGACGCUGCCAACGCGGUCGCCGAGAGUCACUGGGAUUGCGAGAAUGGCACGUCCAUCUCGCAGGGAUGGGAAGAGCUGAAGGACCCGCGGGAUCCCAAUGUGACGGAUCCUGGACUGAACGCGACACCUGCCCCCAACACGCACUCCUGGGCCGACGAGCAGCCCGACCCAUCCAUGGAGGCUCCUGCGGCUGCCGACCCCAAUGACGGGUUUCAUCAGGUUCAGCGCAACCGAGGCCGCCAGGAGCGUGAGGGAGGACCUCCGCGCGGGCGAGGCCGGGGCGAGUGGCGGGGCCGGGGCCGUGGGGACGGUCGAGGUCGCGGGCGCGGGCGUGGCAACGGCGGAAUGGCGUCGCGAGGCGCUCGCCGCACCGAAGAACCGUAG